AUGUCUUUCCUCACGGCCCAAACCAUGUCCAUUACCCAGCCAGAAUACGGUGAAUCUGCUCUUUGGCUCGGCCAAACCUUUGCUCCACCGCCAAUCGCUUCAAGUCAAUUGCCUCUCAUGCAUAAUCAGCCAUUGACAUCGUCACGCUCAUACCAAAUGCGCUCCUCCAAAGGAAGCCAAAUGUCUUCUGGCCUAAACGCUCUCGCUCGUUCGGCGCCACCUCCACUUGACCUCCUCAACCCAACUGGAUAUUCGACACGCAAGCGGUCCUUUUCCCAGAUAGAAGAUUCAAACUUUACCGAGACUGCUUCGGAUCAUCAGGUUGAGACACCAGAUACACCUAAGCCCAAAAUCAAUAAUGACCAUCAACUGCUCUUUUUCAGUCGGUUACCUGAGACACAUACUAUCCUCGAUCAACAAAAGUGUAUCAAGCAUAUUGAAUUGACGGCGCAACUCCAUGGCAUGUUCUUUCUCUCUGAAUUGGCCACGACACCUGGCGAAUUCUUCAAUGCAAAGCCAGAACUCACUUGUUAUCGUCGUAAUCUUUUUCAAAUUUCGGGCAGCGUGAAGGCACCCGGGGGUUCCCUCUCAUGUCUCACUCCACAAGGUGAUUCAAUUCCCAUUGUGUCCAUGCACGUACAGAUUGCUGCAACGGAAUCCGUCGAUGGACAUAUCGUCAAAUUAAUCGUUAUUCCGUGGAAGACACCACCACCAAAUUCGCCUGAAAUCUCUUCAGGUCAGGAGCGGGAACCAUCGAUCAUCCCACUCACCGCCUACAAUCGAAGAGUAGAUGGUAACAAUGACUUUAUCAUCUCACCUAUUGCCUAUCGGCGCUUGCAGUUUCGCAUUGCAACAGCCAAUAACGGAAGACGACGCGAACUCCAGCAACACUUCACCCUGCACUUAAGCGUGGUUGGUACCCUAGCCGAUGGGUCUCAAGUCAAACUCUGUGAGUCAUCCACUGCACCGAUCGUCGUGCGCGGUCGAAGUCCUCGGAAUUUUCAGGCCAGAAAAGAAAUUCCGUUGGUCGGUUCGUCAUCUUCACGUGGAAAUCCACCUGAGCUUCAGAUUGCUAUGAGUCUAAUGGCAAGCAAUGCCCUGGCGGAAAAAAAGUCAGAAUGCGCCAUGUCAUCAUCCCGGUGUGAAAAACAUGAGUCUCCCCAAGUAGGUGUUACGUUUGACUCGCAAAAUAUGUCUGAGACCACACCGAUUAUUUGCCCAAGUUCGUUUUCUUCCUGGGAUACUUCGUAUGCUCUUGCCCCGUCUAGCUUCUCUCCAUCCCAAUCACAGACGCAAGUAUCAUUUCUGAAUCAUUUGUCAAUGUCAUCAGCUGUGGCAAAUGGUCCUUCGUCUCCAGAUUCGUCUCCAUCAAAUUCCAUCCAACAAUGCUACGCGCCUUAUCAUCCCAUCUCACCAGCCUUAACCGUUGAUAAAAAUCAUUUUAUGGAUGAUAAUCCUCGUCUCACAAAAUCACCUAGGCUUACCAGACCUCAAGAAACGAGUCCCAUGGCAUCUUUUCAGGAAAUCACAUCGCAUUAUUCUCAGCCUUUUCCAUCAAGUAAUUAUUCGACUCCAACAGAUGUUGGAGAGUAUUUUUCAACAGGUCCCUCACCCUGGGAAUCGGGUGUUAGCACAGAUAUGACGCCAAUGUGCACAAGCACUGCAAGCGUGGGAUCAAUGCCCGAGAUGUUUGAAUAUCCGGGUGUAUUGUAUGGAGUUCAUGGCGAAAGAUCAUCUUUGGAAAAUUACACCUGGAAUGAUAGCCUGAAGUUUGAAAUCCCCACAUGA